AUGUCUAAACUCACAGAUCAAGCGGCCGCCAACUCCCUCUCAAUAUGGACCCAUAACUUUCUCAAACGGGAAUUCAAUUCUUCUUGGCCCAUCCCCGGCUCCAAUUCUACAGCUGACGGGGGUAUCUCCAAGGAGGUGGCCACGGCCCUCUCUCAAGCCAAUACGGGCUUGGUGCCGAUCAAAUCCAUCAAGCUACUGUUAUUACAGCCUCGGGGCGAAAUCUUGACGGCGAACGCGGAGCAAAAUCCUGACCUUCUCUGGGCCAUCCGAGGAGGCGGUCCUGGUAAAUAUGGUCUCGUGACUGAAUUCGUUCUACAAGCACAUCCUGCAGUCUCUUCUGUUGUAGCCGUAAAUCUCGAGGUGAUUCCUCUCGGCUCCGAAAACGAUACUACCACUGCAACAGCAGCUUGGAGUGCCCUGGCAAUCCUAUUUCAAAGUAUCCCAGACCUAAUGGACACUGGUCUAGCAGGCGCAAUGACUGCUGCUACUGGCUCCUCAGCGCGAGGUCUUUCCGGUUCAGAAUCCACACCCCCGGGUGUUUACUUCUCACAAGCAUUCUACGGAUACAACAUCAGUACCUCUGAAAUGGACACUGUCAUCUCCCCUGUAAUUGAGAAAAUGAAGGAUAUUUCUAAUGGAUCGCUCUCUCUUAAUUACACAGUCACAGAUGUAUACCCUACUUAUCUCGACUUUUUCUAUGCUGGUGAUCCUGGCGAAGAUCCAGCUGGACAGGUUCUCUUCUUUCUACUCGUUUACUUGGGCGCGCGCAACUCUCUGAUCUCCCAAUGGAGACAGUAG